AUGCUGUUUUCUUUUACGUCAACAGAUCAGGAGGAAAAAGCCAAGAUGCAAAGUUACAGGAGUAUUGAACAGUUAGAGGCCUUAGCGGGUGAGUUAAACACGAUUUUAAAAUAAAAUAAUUCGAUAAUUUGAAAUCUGUGUUAUUGGAGAGAUUGUAGAGAGUUCUAAACACAUAUGUAGUGAAAUAUUUUCGUAGUUUAAGGCUAAAAUUUUCUGUUGGUUUCCGGCUUUCGAAAUGAAUGAAAGCGAGAAAAAUUCAUGUUUAAACAUGAUUCGCAAGAUGUAAAUUAAAAACAACAUGGGGUUGUAUGCUUUGUUUCCAAAACUCUGAAUAUCUCGUCUGGAAAAUGAAUACCUUUUAUUCGGUAAAGUUAAACGUAAAAUCUCGCGCAGCUUAAUUUGAAAUUUGAUAGAAAUGAUUUAUCAAAUUAUUUAACCGUGUUAUUUAUUUCGCGGUCAGUGUCAUCGUAGAGAUGAUUUCAUCGUUACGUAAGCUUGAGUAUAUUUAUGUUGUUGUUUAUGAGAUUUCGUGAUUUUUUUUAUUCAAUUCCACAGCAUCUCCGAGCGGAAUUACGAUCAAGGACCAUGAAACGGUAAAUCUUAUCUACAUUCAUAUUUUCAUAACUUUUUUUUUCACAACCCUGACCUAAUACUUGAGCUCUGAUUUUAAAUUAAACCUUCACUUAAAUUUUUUUUUAAUUUCAACAUUAAUUUCGGGUUAUAACAUAUGGUUUUGGUAAACUGAAAAUAGAAUUAGUUCGGUUACCUGUAAAUGCACUUUUCUUGUUUUCUCGAUUAAAUUAUUGAAAUCGGGUCUUUGAAUUGAAAUUAGAACGAAGUCACGUAUUUUUUGAAGGUUUUUGUAAACAGUGUUUCUUUUACUGAGCUGUUUAUAACUUAUUCAAAUCAUCGAUUUAAGUACGUAAUUACAACAUAGUUAACAUGCCUUGUAGUCAAGAAGACAAUUGCUUGUUUUUUCCGUUGUUUCGAGUGGGUGAUUGCUUUUGAGUGGGAUCAGUAGGGAACGUUCAUGAAUUAUUGUUUAUGAGAAAGUAGAGCUUUUUGGAUCAAUGUCCAAAUUGAGUCAAUGUCAGUAUCUGAGCAACUGCCGACCUACCCUUCCCCUGACCCAACAUUAUCACUAAGUUGUUAUCAGUUGACUAUCUUUGGGUUAGGGGAGGGGUAUGUACGCAGACACGAGUCCAGUUUUUCUCUGUAAUGUUAAUUGUUGAAGAAAUAAGUUCUUAUUUCGUUGAUAACGUUUCACAGCUAUGUGCCAACGAUUGGUACCCUUACGACUUUUUAGUUGUUUUUUCGAGGCAGAUUGUCUUGGAAUCGUGUUACGUAGGAAGAUAUUUAAAUGUUGAUCCAAAAAAUGUGGAGUAACUUUGCAAAUCAAUCACCAGUGUAAACAUGAGCCAUGAAUGAUUUUUAACGCAACAUUUCGAUGCGACAACGGAUGGCAGAUUUACAGGGAUUUGAAAAACUUAUAACCAAGGUUGUCUAUGAUUCGAAAUGUUGCAUUAAUAUGUAAAUUUGUCGUUAGAAAGUUGAUCGAAAUUUAGUAAGAGAAAAUCUGGGCAAAACUCGGUACCAAGCCGCUCUCCUGUCGGGUCGAGCGAGUGGUUUCGAUUAACAUCAAACUGAUGAACGUCAAAUUUUAAACUACUUGCAGUUGAUUCAAGAGCUGAAGAAGGAGAACUUUGAUUUGAAGCUCCGACUGUAUAUGGAACAGAAAGAGAGAGAGGUGAGUGAGAGGAAAUUAUUUUCUGGCAGUGGAAGCUGGAAGCAUAAAAGGGCUGAUAUGUCUGAGAGUCUACUUCAAAAAAAAUGGUAGACAAGAAAAAAAUGUAAUCAGCGACAACAAACACUUAGAAAGCUAAAAAUAAAUUAAAAUAGUGAAAGAAAGCAUGGCAACAAUAUCGACGAAUCCGGUUAUUUAAUUUUUAUCCAAGAUCAUAUCUAAUGUCGGACAGUUUUAUCCUUUUUUUAAGUUUCAAUAUCGACUUCUUGCUAUCCAUUAUCUUACAUAAAAACAGGGAGGCCGUAAACGAAGUUUACACAAACAUUUAUAACAUGCAUUGCGGACCUAUGUUUCAUAGAUAGACUGCAAUGGUUGAUUUUAAUAUGAAUUGCGGGCCUUUGUUCAGACAAACGACAGGGAUACAUUUAACAAGUUAUUGCAACCAUUCUAAUUUGUUUUGCCAUUAAUUUUUCAGAGGGUCACCGAAGAGUUUAAGCAAAAAAUUACAGUUUUGGAAAGCGAUCUGACAGAAGCUCUUGAUGAAUUAAGCGAUGCUCUCGACCGAGAAAAAGAUUUCGAGGCUGCUUUGGAAAGUUCGCAAAUGCGGGAGAAGGCAUUGCUUGCUAAGCAACGUCGAAUGGAGGAAACUUGCCGUGAACAAGAAAACGAGAUUCAAUUUCUUACUUUGACAAAGAAGGACAAAGAUAAGGAGAAAGAGAAGCCACACGUAGAGUUACAGACGGCUGAGGUUGGAACCAUGACCGAUUUUCCAUUUUACAGUGAAAGGGCGGUGGAUGUUGGUAACGUCAAUGAGAAUGAAGCUUUUAGCGACGUUGAUUUGAAAGAUUCUGCCGAGAGCCCCAAUCCGAGUCCAACCCAAACCGAGACACGACCUGAAGGCGUGGAUCUGUUGAAUACAGGGACGCUUUUGCGGAAGAAGGACAUGAUUAUGAGAGAGGCGAAGCGCCGCAGAACAGCAAGAUCUAAGAAAGGCCAACGAAGGAAUGUCGCUGGCAAAUACGACUCAGAGCCGGAACACGAAAGAGAACGAGCACGAGCGGAGAGAAAGUCAUUCUUCCAUAAACUGUGUUGUUGUGUGAAGCAGCAAAGUGCUGAAUAUGAAGUGGACCCUUACGAAGACAGAUCAAAAAGUGCGCUACAGAAAGUAACAAUUAAAAUACUGCAUAGCUAG